GCCGGGCGGCUCGGACCGAGCAGGGUUUUCUCCACCGUGUGGAUUGUCUAGAGUACACUGCCAGUCUCUUGUCUUCUGUUCACCAUGGCUUCUUCUGAUAUCCAGGUGAAAGAACUAGAGAAGCGGGCCUCCGGGCAGGCGUUUGAGCUGAUACUUAGUCCACGUUCGAAAGAAGCAGUUCCAGAAUUCCCCCUUUCCCCUCCAAAGAAGAAAGAUCUUUCCCUGGAAGAAAUUCAGAAGAAACUAGAAGCUGCGGAAGAAAGACGCAAGUCUCAUGAAGCCGAAGUCUUAAAGCAGCUUGCUGAGAAGCGGGAGCAUGAGAAGGAGGUGCUUCAAAAAGCAAUUGAAGAAAACAACAACUUCAGUAAAAUGGCAGAAGAAAAACUGACCCACAAAAUGGAAGCCAACAAAGAAAACCGAGAGGCACAAAUGGCUGCUAAGCUGGAGCGCUUGCGGGAGAAGGAUAAGCACAUGGAGGAGGUGCGGAAGAACAGAGAGUCCAAAGACCCUGCCGACGAGAAUGGAGCUGACUAGCCGACCCCGAGCCGGCUUCUCCCCCUCCCGAGCAUCCAAAGACUGAACUGGCCAGUGUCGCUUUUAUUUUAUUCCUCCUGACAAAUGUUCUAGAAACUGACGUAGAGCCGCAUAGGUAGAUCCAAACCGUACAGAUGUUGUUUGGGGGCAAAUGGGGAGAAACUGCAAGUGUUUUACUCUUUUUCUAAAGUGUUGAAGUCUUUCUAACGUAGCUAUUUUUCUUGUUGCAUCUUUUUUCUAUUCCAGUAUGCUCGGUGCUGGGUUAAUGGCUAGUACUGUAUUGGCUCUGUGAAAACAUGUUUGUGAAAGGAAUCUGUAGUAUAUGCUUCUUUCCAACUGUUAGAUGCUGAAUAUCUGUCUGUUCACUUUUGAAACCUGACCUUUGUCCCGGUCUUUCCAGAUACUACUGUACUUGAAUGGUUAAUAAAACUGCACAGUGCUGUUA